AUGUGUACUUCGGGCAGCCACGGUUCUCGUGUUGCCCUUCAACCCCCUCAAGUCAUAUAUACCCUACGUUCGAACGGGCAUACUACCCUAUUCGCAACAAUGAACCAGCAGCCUGCCGCUCAGAACCAGGCGCAUGCUCAAGCGUCAAAUGGCGCCGGGCAAGAUACCUGGGAUGAGCAGCGGCUCGAGGAAGCCAUGAAACGGCUCAAGCUUUUGCAUAUCAAGGUCCGACGUCUGAAUGACACCAUCCCCAAGAUGAUCAAGCCGCUCGUGCAGAAGCAACCUUCACCCGAUGCCAUGUUUGCUGCUUUCAUGAACUCAGUCACUGAAGCGCAGGCCAACAUCAAAGAAGUCACCGAUUUGAUGCGUGAUGAGAAAAGUCGUGAGGUGUUUGCCCAGGCCAAAAAGAGAAAGGCUGAAGAGCCUGAAGGUAUCGAAAGCUGGGAGUACUACGACCAUCCAGAUUGGUUCAGGAUGGACCAGGAGUGA